UGCCGCCCGAUAUCGUUUAUGGGGGUGACACUAGCGCCGAUUUGGCAGUAGCAGAAGGUGACAACGCGACUUUGAGCUGUCGCGCGACAGGACAUCCACCUCCGAGAGUAUCCUGGCGGAGGGAGGAUGGAGAACCCAUUGUCAUAAGGGCUUCCACGGCUGGUGGUAGCACUUUCGAGAAGCACGAUCACUACAACGGUUCACUGCUGCAUUUCUAUCGUGUCGAGAGGCGGCAAAUGGGGGCGUAUCUCUGCAUCGCUAGCAACGACGUGCCGCCAGCAGUUAGCAAACGGGUGACGCUCGCUGUGAAUUUCGCACCCGUCGUAAAAGCACCUAAUCAGUUAUUGGGCGCUCCUUUGGGUACAGACGUGCAGCUUGAAUGCUAUGUCGAAGCGUUUCCGAAUACGAUCAAUUAUUGGGUAAAGAAUCAACGAGGCACGGAAGACGAAAUGUUAUUGGAAGGACCGAAAUACAACGUGCGGGAGGAACGAACGGGAUACACGGUCCUGAUGUGGCUCUUAAUCAAAAAAUUUACGGAUAGAGAUGUCGGUAGUUACAAAUGCGUUUCAACAAAUAGCCUAGGAAAAGCAGACGGCACUUUGAGAUUGUAUGAAAUUAAAAUUGGUUUCGAAAGAGGAUCUCGAGUGAAGGAUCACGUAUCCAUUAUCGGUGGUUUAGCUGAAGCUGCUCAAAGUUCCGGUGCCAGUAGCGGCGUCGGCGAUUUCUACGGAAGUAGCAGCUUGUCGCACAUCCUAUCGAUGUCUUUUUUCAUACCGAUACUAUGGCCACGGUGAAGAAGGCAUCCACUGCUGGUCACCGCUAAGCUACUUAGUGCCGGAUGACUUUGUGCCAAAGAAAGACAAGAAUGUAGAGAAUGCGCAUGCGAAAGAUAAUGAUAUGAUAGAUAUGAUAGAAGAUAUAUGAAAGCAAAAGUAUGCUCAAAACAGAAAGAAA